CAAUUUAGAGUUCCAAUUGGAUAAAUGUUAUUGUUUAUAUUUUCUUAUUUGCGGUAGUCGCGAAUAACAACAAAAUUUAAUGACUAAGUUUCGAAAUUUACUCCAACAAAGUAGUAAUAUAUGCAGAAGGCCCUUUUUUCGCGUCUCAACAGUUAGAAAUGCUUCCGAAUCGGCGGUCCUACCCACAGUAUUAGUGGAAAAAGAUUCUCACAUCACAUUAAUUGGAAUAAAUCGUGAGCAACAGCGAAAUGCAAUUGAUGCUAAUACAGCUCAGCAGAUAUCGAAGGCAAUAUCAGAUUUUGAUGCAGAUGACACUUCACCGGUGGGUGUACUAUACGGCGUGGGCGGCUCAUUCUCGGCCGGCUACGAUGUCGUCGAACUAGAGGCGGAGGCCGAGCGCGGUAGUCUCGAUUUUCUGUUACGUCAUGAGGGCUCUGUUGGCCCGACCAGACGUCAUCUCCGCAAACCCAUUGUGUGUGGCAUUAAUGGAUUCUGUGUGGCCAGCGGCUUAGAGCUUGCCCUGCUUUGCGAUUUGCGGGUAAUGGAGGAUACUGCCGUUUUGGGUUUCUUCAACCGUCGCCUGGGCGUGCCUCUUAGUGAUGGCGGAACAGUGCGCCUAGCGGCUGCUGUUGGGUACUCCAAUGCAGUAGAUAUCAUUGAGACGGGGCGUCGUGUCUAUGCCCGGGAAGCCUUGCGAAUCGGUCUAGUCAAUCGUAUGGUGGCCACUGGCACAGCUCUUGGACAAGCCGUCAAUUUGGCAUUUUCCAUAGCCAAAUUUCCCCUGUCCUCACUCCAGCAUGAUCGUAAUGCUGUGCUCGCCAAUGCCAAUGCCUAUGAGCGACCUGGUUUCCAUGCCGCCGUUAAUAAUGAGAUCAUGAAUGUAUCCUCAGCCAUGAUAACCGACAUGCAGGAGGGCGUCAAACGUUUCAAAACCUCUGAGGUAAAGGGACCCAAAACCGAUUCCUGGCAUAUCAAAGAAAAGUCCAUUCCAGAUUGGGAAAAAGCCGAAAUAGCCAUAGAAGAAGAGCAGAAAAAAAGAUGACAAAGAAAUUAAACAAAAUUCCUUGUAAAUAAUACGAAAAUUUCAGUGGUUUAAGUUUGUUGUAUUCACAUUUAUUUUUUUGAAUUAGGUUUGGUUUUUUUUUUUAUAGUGUAGUUUACGAUAUUCACAACAAUUACAAUUUAACGAAUUUUUCUUGGAAAUCAAGCCUAA